UCCACUCGGAUGACAAGUAAACCCAAGCGCACAAGUAACAGGGCUUGGAGCUUUGUAGUGCUCCUGCUGAGUAUCUGAGCAAUUUCAGGGUACUGAUUAGGCAGUUGUGGAAAUGGAAGUAGAAUUGCUUUAGCAGAAGAAUGCGAUGAUGGAAAUAAAAACGAUGGAGAUGGCUGUAGUUCUGAGUGAAAGCUUGAAACUGGAUUUGAUUGUUACGGGCUAGGAAUUGCUCAAAUGGCGGUUUGAACCCCGACUUGAGGAGAUUCUACGAUUAGAGGCAGAGAAACUUGCGAUGAUGGAGGAGAAAUUAACGGUGAUGGGUGUGAUAGUAAUUGACAUUUAGAACCAGGCUUUGAAUGCUCUGGAACUCCAUCUGUUUGUAAUUUAAAAUGCUCAAAUGGAUCUAUAAACCCUGGAGAACAAUGAGAUGAUAGAAAUGAUAACAAUGGGGAUGGAUGUAACUCAAACUGACAAAUAGAAACUGGAUAUGAAUGCUUCGGAUCUCCCUCAUCUUGCAACUUAUUAUGCUCAAAUGGAGUCGUUGAUGCUGGUGAGCAAUGAGAUGAUGCAAACACAAAUAACGGGGAUGGAUGCAACUCAAAUUGACAAAUAGAAAAUGGGUAUGAAUGCUCAGGAUAUCAGUCAUCAUGAAAUUUGAUCUGUUCCAAUGCAAGAGUUGACUCAAGAGAAACCUGUGAUGACGGAAACUUAGCAGAUGGAGAUGGGUGUUCUUCUACAUGACAAAUUGAAAUGGGAUAUGAGUGUACUGGAGCUCCAUCACAAUGAAAGGAAAUUUGUGGAGACUCACUUAUUAUUGGAAAUGAGCAAUGUGAUGACACUAACACAGAUUUUGGGGAUGGCUGCUCUGAUCUCUGUAAAAUUGAAACAGGCUUCAGCUGAACUGGGCAACCAUCUGUUUGUAUAGACAUUUGUGGGGACUCAAGAAUUGUCACGCAAGCCCAGCAAUGUGAUGACGGAGGAAACUAUGACAAUGAUGGGUGUUCUCAUAGCUGCAUAAUUGAGAUUGGCUGGGAGUGAAACGGAGUUCCAUCUGACUGACACCCCAUAUGCAGCGAUGGUUUGAUCAAAGGUCAGGAACAAUGUGAUGAUCAGAACCUUGUAGACAAUGAUGGCUGCAACCAUCGAUGAAUAAUUGAGCAAGGUUGGAACUGCACUGGGGUAUCUUCAAUCUGUGUCCCCAUAUACUCUGAUGGGAUUAUUGUUGGAGAUGAACAAUGAGAUGAUGGAAACACCAAUGAUAAUGAUGGGUGCACUAUAAUGAGCAAGCAACAAGACUUUUACAAUUGAACAGGCCAGCCUUCAGUAUGAAUCAAAACUUCUUCGACUUCACUUUCGGAAUCACAAAAGCUGGUUGGAAACUCAAUCAAAGGUGGCAUUGCAGCUAGCUUUGCCAUAGGGAUGGUAGUAUCACUUACAUUGAAUGUUCCAACUUCAUCACUGUGGAGCUUGAUUAACACUCUGCAAAUCUUACACUAUGUGCCGAUGUUUAAUCUCUACUUCUCAGCAAGCAUUCUCAAAAUGUUUAGUUUCACAGGGAUCUCUAAUAUGCAAGUUGAGUACUUGUCAUCACUAUUCCUGAUGCACAUUGACGAAGGGCAGCUUGCACAUCACACUGAAGUGACUUAUAGACAUGCAAACCAAGGAUAUGAGUCAACAAGCAUUUUGCUAAACUCUCCAGACACUCUAAGCCUAUUGAUAUUACUGAGUGGAUACUAUUUUGCCAUAUUUAUUCUCUAUCUACUAAUGAGGAUCACAAGAAUCAACUAUGAGAACGCUAAUUGGAUAGUUAAGUAUCCAUGCAAAUUCGUUGUCAAAGAAUGUGAGAGCUUUUGGUUCAACUCCUUGAUCAGAAUUGGAUUUGAAAUAUUCUUGGAUUUGAUGUUUUCAAGUAUACUGAAUCUGCACUAUUUCAGUAUUCUUAAUAAAUCUGACAUAUACUCUUCGUCAGUGGCAACAUUUUGUUGAGUAUGCUUGGCUGUAUUUGGAACAUUGGUCAUUUUGGUAUGAAUCACAAAGAUGAGAACCCCUAUACAUAUUCCAGCAAUCACAUUUGGGGAGGUCCAGAAAGGGAAACUUGACAUUCUGUUUGCAGACAUUAAGCCAGAAAGAAGGCUUCCACCAUUUGUGCAUAUUGCAUUUUUGCUCCAAAGAUGAAUCCUAAUUUGGCUCAUAAUUUUUGGGACUUCAGGAUUGACUCAAGUGAUUGUAUUUGGAGUUGCAUGCAGUUUGAAAUUUGUAUACAUAGUAAUUUGCAGACCAUCAAACAAUCCAUGAUCAAAUUUUCAAGACUCGGUUUAUGAAUUGAUAUUAUCAACCAUUGUGCUUUCGUUCACACAAUUUACCAAAUCCUCCACAGAAUUUGCUACAACAGGAAAACCUGCAAUAAUAGGGUACAUUUGCAUAUCAUUGGUUGUGUUUACUAUAAUCUUGCACUAUCUGAUUGUUAUUCAACAGAUUUUGCUUAAAUUUACUCGAAAGCCAGUAAAGACCAAGCAAAACUCUCAAAAGAAUUCCUAUAUAAAAACACAGAAAGGUAGAAAAGUUACACCAGUAACAGUUAUGAGGCCAGUUGAAACUUCUCAGAAGAUAUCUAAAGUGUCUGCUUCAAAUAUUUUGGAGAGAUAUAUAGACCGGAGCACUACUCCAAGUAACGUUGUUUUGAAGAAUUAAGUAAAAG